AUGUUCGAUGCACCUUCAAGCACAAUCUUAUGUUCUUUAAACAAUUUAUUAGAUCAUCCGAAAGAGUAUUUAGCGGAUGUUUGCUUUAAAUUUGACAAAGAUGAAGUCUGGGCUCACAGAGCCAUCAUUCUAGCUCGAGCGCCCAAAGACUUUGUUACGCAAUAUUUAUCAGAUCUUUUGAAAGAAAAUGCUGAGGUGGAGUUGCCAAUACAAAUGGAUAUUAGUCAUAUCAUUCCUCAAGACAUCUUCCAAUCUGUACUUCGUUUUUGGUAUACGGCGUCAUUAGAAAAGUUUGCAUCGCGUCAGUCAAGCUUAUCAGAUUUAACAUCGACAUAUACCCCUUUGGAUACCUCACCGUUCCUAUCGCCUGUGAAUGAAGAUACAGCCUCUCCAUUGGAGGAUGCUUCUUCCUCCGCUCUAUACACUAGCAUGGCAGCAAAGAUCCAACAACUGAGUGAAGCAUUAGGUGUUGAACUGCUUCCAGCGUCCGAUCCAUCUCUAUCAGCGACGACACAACUCAUCAACGACAUGGAAGACCUCCGUCAUGACAAGAUAGCAGCCGAUGUCACCAUUUCACUUAUAUCUUUUGAUGCAGAGGACGCCGACCCGACAGCAUCGAAGAAGGACAGCAUUCCCUGUCUCUUUUCGACCUCACCUGAAAACCAUACGUACAAGAUAGAUUUAGCAGCCAUUGCAUCUUUUAAAGCACAUCGAUGUGUGUUAGCCGCGCAGUCACCGUAUUUUCAUGCACUCUUUUGUGCUCAGUUCCAAGAAGCGUCCAGCACGGUGGUGCAUUUCACGAACGACCUGUUCAAUGAAGACAUCCUUGACUGCCUGCUCCACUUUCUUUACACCGACAGAAUUACAGUGACACCCCUGGCACAGCUGAAUGCCAAGCCAACCACGCAGUUCCAUCAAAAGGCGCAGCGAAACAAGCAUACGCUCCGUGUGUUGCAAAAAGCAUUCUAUGCAGCCGAUUAUCUCGGACAGAGGGAGAGCUUUGGAAAAGCGCUGCUGCAUGCGAUGGAGACACUGUGCCAUCAAUUCAAAUGCGUGUGCGCCGACUGUGCUAUACUGCUACCGUCCAUGCUGGCAUGGUCUGACAAGCAAGUGGACACGGUGCCCAAGUUGAGACGCACGUUGAUUUUGCUGUAUUCCGAUCCUGUUCAUUCUCUUCAUUCGCUUUGGUCUCAACGUCCGUUUGCGAUGCUUGUCACAUCGCUCGUGCCGUCUCCGGCGGGACUGGGAGAAGACACACUGGCUGCCGUGGUCAAGCACGAGCCGCUGUUUCGAGCAAGAUCGCCGCUGACGCUCGUGCACGAGAUCAUUGAAAGAUGCUUCCUCAACGUCACGAAGCACAAUGCGAUCCAUGCGCUUCAUUCCAUGCACUUGUGUCUGUCGCAACUGCGAUCGGCCGACCCCCAUCCGUCUUGGUCGCGUGCCACGUUGGCGUUGAUCCACCCUCUGUUGCACUACACGGUCAGCAUGGUGUCGCAGUUCUUUGAUUUUUAUUGCGUGGAAUACCCGAUCCUGCUCUCCUGUGUGGACGGCAUCGGCGGCGGGUUUUCGGUGGACUUUCUGGACUUUUUAUUGCGCCAUGUGUUGAAUGAAGGCAUUCAAGAGAUCAAUGCGGGAGUGAUUUACCAGGGCAUCCGUCGAGAUUUGAUUGGCCGACAGGAAGUCGUGCAGAAUAUGGCGAUUGACGAUGUGCUGGUCAAAGGCAGGCAGCACUGUGCUGCCUAUCUCGCUCAACAUUGGACGAAAGUGAAAGCGGUAGGCGGUCUUCGACCUUUGGAAAAGGCGACUUUACGGCAGCUAGCAGAAGAUAUCAAUGUACCUUAUCGAUCCUUGACGGGACCUUUCGACAGUGAAUUUGCCAAUAUUUUCAGCUUCAAGCCUCGCAAGCAUAAAAAGAACUUUAGCAGCAGCAACAGCAGCAGCAGCAGUAGUAGUAGUAGCAACAGUUACAACAACAACGACAGCAGCAGCAGCAGCAGCAGUAACCGUCGUCGCUAUUCGACGACGGUGUCCUCAUGGCAAGAGAAUAAGAAUGCCUCUUUCACUGAAGCCUAUUCUCGUCGUCUCUCCUUAGGAAGCUUGGUCACUCGGUCGAGUGAAUCAUCGCAGCACCGCGCAGCCAAAACAAGGCCUCGGGCUUUAUCGUCAGAAUCUGUGUUAUGUACCAGUCUACGUAAAUACCACACCACACCUGAACAGAUGAUACCUGAUGACCGGGAAAACCAGCCUCUCAUCAACCUGCUGGCCUAUGAAACCAUGGAACGAGGGAGACAAUUGGAGGAGCAAGAUCGUCUGGAGAGUGAAGAACGUGGGAUGCACUCGUUAUCUCACGAGGAGUUGACAACCUUUAAAAACACGUUAGCCAACACGCCUGACAUCAUUGACCGACCGAUGCUAAGACGAUCGUCUUCUUUCACGUCAUUGACAGACCGACUAUUGCCUUUGGACAUUUCGUCCUCCCACCCUGUCUCUCGUCCGCAGCAAUGGACCUCUUCUUCCUCUUCUACUACUUCUUGCUCUUCGUCUCCUACGCCUUCCGCCGCUGCCACCCCGACCCUAUCGAGCUCGCCGGAAGCACGUCCCACACGGCUCAAGUUCGAACUGCCCGUGCCACCUAUCCGAUCCAAAUCACCCAAGACGACGACACCGAUGGCUACGGGAGGAUCUGCUUAUCUGACGCCUCGAGUGUCUACAAAACAGAAUCGAAAGCGCAAAGGAAGCAAAAGCCGCAAGUCAAGAUGGAAUAUUGGCAGCAGUAGUGAUGCAAGUGAUGAAGAGGACGUGUCGCCAGAGGUAGGCGAUAAAGUUGAGUUACUCCAUCGUCCGCUGCCUACUUUGGGUACGAUCAAGUAUAUUGGACCUGUCCAGUUUGCUGAGGGGCCUUAUGUUGGUGUAGAGCUUGAAAGUCGAUUGGGCAAAAGUGAUGGCUCUGUAGAUGGUGUACGCUAUUUCCAAACGGAUCCUCAGCGAGGGCUUUUUGUUAGACCUGAUGAUUUUAUCAUUCUUUCCUCCACGAGAGCAUAA